GAAGGCAAGACCAUUGAUCUGCCCAGGACCAGGCCGCGAGGGCCCCGGGCACCGGCAGCCCAACAUGCGGAGAAAAACUUUUACAGGGUCUGAAAGUAAAGAAGCAAAAGUAACACCUAAACCAGAAAACUUAGUGCCAUUUGGGGAUGUGGUUGGCUGUCUGGCUAUUCAUGUAAAGAACUGCAGACAUUUUACACCUAAGAUCGAUGUACAGCACAAGAACAAUUUUUUCAUUCGUAUCUCUAUAAACAACAUUGUGAAAUGUACAAAACUGUGUGGCUUGCUAACCCAAAAUAUACCAUUUGUCAUUAAUGAAAGGAAAACUCUUAUUAAGUUUGAUGAAGUGAAGUAUUUUUCUGUACAGGUUCCCAGACGUCAAAAUGAUGCACGGAAUAAUAUUUACCUGGAUCUAAUGCAAUAUGAUAAUAAAGAAAAGCAUAUUUUGUUAGGGCGUGUUCAGGUACACCUUUAUGAAGUAAUUCAGAAAGGGUGCUUUACUGAAGAAUUUCAGAUGUUGAAUGAAAACACAUUUGUCUGCAGGAUGGAGGUGGACUUUAUGUUCUCCUAUGGAAACUUUGGUUAUGGAUUUUCACAUCAGUUAAAACCUCUUCAGAAAAUUGUUGAGCCACCUAUGUUUAUGAAUGUCCCACCACCUCCGGAAAGAAAAGACCCUGUGACAAAUAUUAUUAUACCACAGUCAAUAGAAUAUCCAGCAUUCUUAUCCCCAGACCUGAAAGUUACUGUUGGGAUGCCACCUCCGGAAGACCAAUCCAACCAGCCCCCUCCAGUGCGACUUGAAAAACUUCUGCAACAACCUCGGGAAAGGCUGGAAAAAAUGAAAAAAGAAUAUAGAGAUCUGCCUACAUGGAGAGAAAAAGCUUCGUAUUUAGAAGGAAUUCUUAACCCCAAAUUGGGACCUAGUGAACCUAAGGGAAGUGAUACCUAUGAGGUACCUGAGAGCCAAUUUGAAAAGAAGCCUGAAGAUACUGUAACAUCAGAUAUCUCUCAUAUAAAUAAGGAAGUUGAAACUAUUCCAAGUGAGCAGGAUGGAGAUAACUCAAAGGCGUUUGGUCCUAAAAGGGAUGAACCAGCAAAACAAAGAGCUGCUCCAUUGUUCACUAUUCCUAACCUGACAAUAACCGAAGGGAACAAAGUGAUACCUUUAGAGGAACACCAACAUGAACCUGUAACAGACAGAAAACUGCUUACUAAACCCUUGCAACCAGAAGGAAAAUUACUGGAUAAACAUCCAAGCAUUUUAAAACGAGAAUCAUCUGCAUCACAGAGUUCAUAUGGUUCAUUUAGUAUGCUGGAUGAAUAUGUAAAGCUCCCUGGUUUUAUACAUGAGUUAAUGCAAGAUAAGAACUGUGGUUGGCUAAAUACAAAUAAAAAAGGAAAAACAGAUUGUUCGGAUAGAUUUGAGGAUUUUCCUAUGACCCCAUUUCAGCAUCUUGAAAAAGUGAAAUCAAGAGCAAGGCUUUUAGAAAAGAACCCAGAUGAGAGCCACGAUCGGUUGAAACAUGCAAGACCAUGUACUGCUCCGGGGGUUAACAAGCAUCGAGAAAGCUACACUGGAAAGUUUACAAGUUCUCGAAUGGUUUCAGCAGGCUUAGUUCAUUUAAAUGACACAGUCCCAGAUUAUGAAAUCCAUAAAACACAGUCAAAAAUUUUUAAAAGAAAAUGCUGAAAAUGUUUGCUCACUUGUGAUAUUAUCCAAUUGUUAAACAGCUCAGAAUGAUAUGUGAGGCCGACAGUCAGAAUAUCACUUCUCCAAUUAACAAAAUGGUUUGGAGAUCUGUCCUUUCGUGUGAUAGAAGUCAGCAACCAAAUUUCAUCUUGUUAGAACCAUUUUGUUUUAAUUAAAAUGUAAAAGAAACACUUUUUGAUGUAAAUGUGUUUGUUUAUGAACUAUAGGGAACACAGAAAUACAUAUUCAGUUCAUAUUCAUUAGCAAAGUUGUAUUCCCAGCUUUUCUUCUUUUUCAUUAUAUGACAGAAUUGCUCCAAUUCAUAGCGCUCAGAUUUUUCAAAUCUGUGUUAUGCUCUGAAUGAUCCCUCUCACCAGGUUUUAAGUUCUCUAUGUGCUGUUGAUCUCCCUUUAACUCUUCAACUUUAGUUAUAUUUCUUGAUUCAACAGAAUAUAAUUCUCUAGGCCUAAAAAACUUGUUAAUUUUAAUAUUGGCUAUCACAACUUUUUACACUAUAAAGAUUAUAAAGAACAGGUUUAAUAUGAAUUCCUAAGGCAGCUCCUACACUGUAGUGACUUUCUUACUUGAAAAACUAUGAAAGGGCCUCUUUAAUAACACAAAGCUCAGGAAGCUGCAUACAUCUAUAGAAACUGCCUAAAAUAUUACCUAGCUAAAUUAGUCCAGGAUCUAAAUCAGAGACUUCUGAGAAUUGGCUCUAUUCUCACCAAGUACAGUAUUUGGAUCUUGUUGAACUUUGGUUCAUUCUUGAGAAGCAAAACUUCAAUUUAUAGAAUUUUUGUCCGUUUUAAUUUUUCUCCCAUAAGUCAUAAAAACUAUGGGGUUUAAAUAGAUUGGCUAAUGGGGAACUUAAAUCCUGAUCAUUCAUUUAAUGGUAUGAUCAAGGUAAUACAUUUUUUUGGAGGCCAAGAAUUUCUAGUAAUCCUCAAAGUUGUACUUGCAUCAGUCAUAGUGUAACUGGGAAAACAGUUAUAACUUAGAAUCUUCAA